CAUACGGUGAGCCUAUUACCAUUUUUCGGAAACAUCCAAGACCCGAUACAGCGAAUCGAACCUGGGACCUUUGGCGCUUUAGUCAGUGAACUAACCGCUGCACCAUUGUAACAAAACAACUAUAAUAAUAAAACCAGAUGGGUGUUUAAUUAGCGGGUUAGGGAACGUGUUGAUCUAAACUAACGGUUGUAUCGAGAGGGGUUGGUUGGUAAAUUAAUAUAAAAUAGGUUCUUACUUCAUUUAAGUAUCAAUCUAUUCUGGAAUGAGUAUUAUUUAUGUACUAUUUAAUAUAUUUUUUAUAACUAUACAGCAAUAUUACAUAAGCUCACGCGUUUCAUUACUCUAGAGGGGUAGGCAACUAAGAAGAUUUAACUGUUUGUCAAUUUAUGAGAUUCAAUCAUCUUUCGUGGUUAGGACCGGAGGGUUACUUUUUUCAUCAAAACCAUACUUUGUACGUGCUUAAAAUUUAGAUGCGAACGUAUGAUACCUACAGCAGCCAUGAGUGGUCCAUUAAGCAUUCCAAAUAGAGUAAAUUCUAUACUGGUUUGACUAAAUUACCAAAUUAUGAAAUGAGGUGACACGUGUAUAAUUUUAUUAUUCCCCCACCACUAGGUAAGAAUAAACGCUAGCAGAACCUAAAGCAAUAAAGUUCAAUAUAGUGUGAUUUUCUUUUUUGCACACGCAUCAGUUUGCAUUGUUAUAAAACAGUAAUUUACGCAAUCAUAGCGUUCAUUUCUGCCUGCGCGCUUCAAUCAAGCAUCCAUCCUGUUGCACCGUGUGUCGCUACCAUACCCCGCCCCGCACCGCACCGCGCCCCCGCAGACCCCCGUGCCGUACCACUGCCGCCGCCGCCGCCGCCGCCCACCGCCCGCUGCCUCCGCGCCUAGCCAGCCUAUAGUGCCGCCUGCAUCAACUCAAGCAAACAAGCUCUAUCUUUGUAAAAUGUCUGAUUCUGAGUGCGAAUCAUUUGUUGCGCAAGACGCCGCCACCGCCGCAGCGAAGAAGAAGCCAGCAGCGAGCAAGAGGAAGUCGAGCGCAAGUGCAGCGAGUACCUCAAGCAGUACCAACAAGUCCCAGAAAAAAAAGAAAACUGUGGAUGUGUUCGGACUCUGCAACGAGGACGAAUACAACGAAUGCGUGUUGCAGUCGAAGACUCUACCAUCAUUCGUUGUGAAUCGCGUGGCCAACGGUAACCAGCGGCGGGUUGGCAGCACAUCCGGCGAAUUCUAUGCGGAGCUGAAGGUCUACGCGCGCCACGACGCUGAGGAAGCUCCCAAGGACAUCCGCUGGACAAAGGCCUUGCUCCGACUAAACUGCUACCUUGAAGAGGGCUCACCGCAGUGGAAGCUGUUGCAUCGCUUCGUGAAAGAGGCCGGUACACUCUUCGAGGACUGUGUACCGUCAUUUUAUAACCCCGACUUGGUUAAAAUUAAACAGGCCGACUGAGGCAAUUUUACUAUA